AUGGCCCAGACCCCAGAGAACAAGGCCGCCUGGUUACCCGCCUCCCAAAUCACGCCGCUUCAGAUCAGCCCGGCGCCGUACACCUCGCCCGGGCCUCACCAGAUUGUGGUGAAGAACAGGGCACUGGGAAUCAAUUCGGUUGACUGGGCCAAGCAGAUGCUCGGCGAAGCCUUGCUAGGCCACAUCACCUAUCCCUUUAUUCUCGGCGAGGACGUAGCCGGCACCGUUGUUGAGGUGGGGGAGGGCGUAGAGCGCUUCCACGUCGGCGACCGUGUUGUGGCAGCGGCUUCUGCCAUCUCCGUCAACAGCUCCUUCGAGGGCGGUUUCCAGCUGUACACAGUCAUCCGCGAGUGGCUGGCCGCACCACUGCCAGACAGCAUUACCUUUGAGCAGGCCAGUGUUCUACCCUUAGCUAUCUUCACAGCCUCUCAUGGCCUGUUUGACACCGGCUACCUAGGCCUUGAUUUGCCCACCGUGCCCGCACGUCAGUCUAGAGAAAAGCGUGCUGUUGUCAUUACCGGUGGGUCAUCCGCUGUUGGUAGCACCGCAAUUCAGCUGGCCGUAUCUGCCGGAUACGAGGUUGUGUCGACGGCGUCUCCCAAGAACUUCGACUAUGUCCAGAAGCUCGGUGCCACCCAUGUGUUUGACUACAAGAGUGACACCGUGAUCGACGACAUUAGCGCCGCUGUCAAGGGACUCCACCUGGCCGGUGGCUACUCCAUCGGCGACGGCUCCAUCGACCUCCUGGCCGCUGUCUUGGGAAGGCACGAGGGCCCCUCUGUCAAUAAAGUUAUUGCUCUCGCUGGCGGCAAGCCCGGGGGUAGCAUCAUUGACCCGACCAUCCAGGUCAAGUUCAUCCUACUCGGCCCGGACGCAGCUGGCCCCGACUCUGUCGUGGGCAAAGUUUACACGAGCUACCUCCCUGAUGCACUCGCCAACAGGCAGUUUGUGCCAGCACCCGAAGCGAUGGUUGUGGGCCAGGGACUGGAAAAGUUACAGGAGGCUUUUGGAAUCCAUAUGCAGGGUGUUUCAGCAAAAAAGAUUGUUGUCUCACUAUGA